AUGAAAUAUUUUAAGAAAAUAAAAUUAGGGUUAAUCCUCUUAAAUUCAAUUCUUGUUUUAGCUUAAGCUAGCUUAACAAAUCUUCCUUCAUUACUAUAUUAAACUAGUUAUAGUAGCCAAUACGAAGAUAUCUCCAUCACAGAAAAGCAAACAGUUAAAAUUUCCCCUGUUGGAUCUUCACUUGAAUACAUAAAACUAAAUCUGACAGAAAAUAAUUUCUAAAUUCCUUUUUGUUAAACAUUUGAUAGACAUAUAAACUUAGAAACUUUUUCAUAAUUAUAAAUACAACUACCUACUUUUGAUAAUAAUGGAUUUGCAAUAGCAUAAGUAGCUUUUACAUAAUCUUGGGCCACAUUAAAUCCUGUAUCAGCGUUUAAUAAUGCAAACAUAGCACAUUUAGAUUCCAACUAGACUUUGAGAUUCAUAAAAAUUGAUCCUGUAAGCAAUACUACUACGGUUGUUGGUAAAUACAGAUUAGAAAAGCUGUACCUACCUGAUGGUGUUUUUCCCUUCAAUAACGUUCAAAUGGUGCAAGUAGGGAAUUAUUUAUUAAUGGCUAUAGAAGGUUUGAGCAAUAGAAUCAAUUUCAUUUACAUUUACAAUAACUAGACUUAUUUCUAUCCUAAAUCACUUUCAAAUAUUGUGAUGAAUACUGAUAAUGGUAGCCUUUAAGAAAUGCAGGCUGUGCAAAUAGAUAAUGGUGAUUUUGUACUUUUUGUUUUACAAGAUUUGUCAAUGAGUGCCUUUUAUUUAAAUAGUAAUUUCACUACAAUUAAACCUUUAACUGUUCCAAGCAUUACAUAAGGUCAACCACAAAAGUAAUAUGGAGAUUUGAGAAUAUGGUAUGAUACUUAUAAAAAAUAAAUCAAUAUUUAUAUUCUAUGUGAAAUAAACGGUAUUUUUAAAUACUUUUACUAAUAUGUCGGGGCAUUAGCAGCAUCAGUUUAAAUUGAUACUUCUUUCUAUAUUAAAGUUAUUAAUGCAAAGUUAUUCAAUACAUACAAAGACAGGUAGUUCUUCGUAACAACUAGUUCUGAUUUAUAUGAAACUCGUGAAUAUGAAAUGGUUAUUGGAGGUAGUGGUACUUACUAUUUAAAUAGAGUGCAUCAGGUUGACCAUAAAAUAAGAGAUAUUAUUGUCAAUGAUUACUAUUUUAUUUUGUUGGGAUCUAACUCUAAUACAAUCACAUGGCAUUCAGUUCACCCAUCACUAAUUUAUGAUAUGACUAAAAUGCAAUCCUAUUUCCUUUUACUGGGUCUGUAAGGUGGGUCUAUAUUACAAAUCUUUAACUCUACCAGUAACUAAACUGACUCUUAUUUUGUAGGUAUAUAAAAAUUCCAUAUAUAUGUUACUAAGCUAGUACCUUCUAGUGCUUAUGUUGUUUGUAGUCCCUCCUAAAAUGAUUAUGAUACAACUGGAGACCAUAAAAUUAAACUAGGAUUUAUUUACUAAAGUUGGUAAUACUAUAACUCCUACAAUCUUACUUAGUUCUUUAUGGAAAGAGAUUUGAUAAUAAAUAAGGUUUAUGCAGAUAAACUCACAGCUGGGGUGAUAGCAGCUAUUGUUAUUUCAGUUUUAGUUGUUGUGUUGGGUAUAAUUAUAUGUAUUUGCAUUAAAAUCAAGAGGCAAAGAGCGUAUAAAUAUACUUUGUAAAAAGAGUUAGAUACUUUGAAAAAUUCAAAAAUUACUCAUCAUCAUCCCCUUAAGCAAGAAAUGGUCACUGCAAAUGAUUAAUCUCCAAACAACAUGAUUCAAAGAUAAGGAUCUCAUUUACCUUUAGCUGCUACAUAAUCCUAAUUCAGUUAAAAAAACUCAAAUUUAGUAAGAAAAGAAUCUAACGUUUAGCAAUAAAACUAAGAAUAGAUAGCUGAAGAUGUCUAAAUUAUUAAAUUUGAUGAAGAUGAUGAAUGA